GCGUGACCAAAGCAAAUAAUAAAUCAGAAUGGUUAAUUCUGAAAAAAAGUCAAUAGAGUAAAGUAAGUUUACUUAAUGUUUCCUUUGCGGUCUAAUAUGAUCGUGACCUUCGCUGUCACAUAAACACGAUUAUCGAACAAGUUUCUUUUCUUUGUUUCGAUUCAAAAGUAAAGAAUGACGUUGCAAGGACGGAUAACAGAGAGUAGUUCCUGUACAACGCAACAUUUCAAACGUAACUUUCAGAUCAACGAAGAUGAAGGUCGCAUCGUUCAAGAUUGUUUUCAUUAUCCUGGCUCUUAAUGCCUUCCCACCCAAGCAGGUCGCUUGGGGCAGCAAAGCCUCUUCGACAUCGGCAGCUAUGAGUAUUCUGUCGCGCUGCCCCCAAAGCAAGUGCUUGGUAAGACACUAACUUUUCCCGCGAAAGUUGGCUGGCUUGAGCCUUGAUGAUAAAAUCAAUUCUUAGUUAAUUUAAUUACUGAGAUGUUGCUUUCUCUUUCUAAUAAAAAUAGACGGAUGCAGUUACUUGUCUUGCUGGAGCGCAGUACAGCGACGCCAAUAACUCAGGUGUGAAGAGGGAAUACGUACCCUGGUCCCAGAGGUUUUUCUUGAUUUUUCUUCGCGAAAGAGAUCAAGAGGAAGCCGUGAAGCGGCGACAACAAGUCGCGAAAGCGACGAGGACAGAGCGAAAACCCUCUGGUUACCUUGGCCUCGAAUCUCACUUUCAUGCAGACAACAGCUGUCAAACGCGUCUAAUUGCUAAUAAAAAGAGUGACCAAUGGCAAUUUAGCAAACACGUGCUUAUCAGCCGCUAUUUUUUUAACCGGGGGUAGACCUGGGGAAAUUAUGUUAUGAACAAACCAUCUCCGUUUGGGUGCUAAAGAGUGAUUUGUUAAUCGGGGUCAAGCUAAAGCAGGUGUUAACAAUGGGCGACAAGAGUCCAGGAAUUAGAACACCACUUUAUAAAGAAACCAACAUUGUUCCAAACGACUGCUGCAGGAUUUGCAGAAUUUAUGUAAAAAUAAAUUGCCGAUCUAAAAUCAACGUUUUUGGGAAUAAUAACAAGGAUUUUUCACAAACAUUGUCAUCUGUUCUGUUCUGUUCUGUUGACCCAAUGCCAAAAAUAACGUUGGUUAGAUCUUUAAUGAUAAAUAUUGAGCGUCGCAGGAAAAUGCAAGCUGCACCGAAAAUGAUUACCUGCUUGUACAAAGUUGUAUGUUUUUUUUCCUACAAGAAAACUUUCAUUCCGUAUUCGGAGAUUUAUAUUUUGCUGCCCUAAACAAGUCAGUUUAUUUAAUGGAAUGACAGUAUUGUAACAGAAAAUGGUAAAUACGUCGAGUCACGAGAUUCUGGUCGUCAACGUCUGUACUGCUUAAACUGGUUGCUGAGACGCCACGGUUUCGCAGUUCGCAGAUAUGCGAGUCCACAAGAGACUUGAGAGGACAGACAACCAAAAUUAUUGCAUGGCGAGGGUAUGAGUAUCCUCUUAAGGAAAGGUACUUGCAAACAGCUGGUAACAACUGAAAUAUUAUACACUUUCCAUGUCCGGUUGAUAAAAUGGUGAACACAUCCUUUCGACUCAAGGCGGCGAACAAAGCUUUCUUUUGUUGCUCAGUGAGACUCAGGAAAGCGCUCAUCAAGUACCGAGGUCAAAAUUUCUUCGAAUAUUCUUUCAGGAACAACAUCCAAGUCAAAAUCUCGAAACAUGGCGUGCCUUUACGUGCCUUGGUCCCGUGCAGAUGUUAUUGCGAGUGCGGUAUACAAACAAUUUUCUUCCCUGGUAGAGAGAGGCAAAAUUUACCUUCAGAAAUGAGGUGUGAAAAUCCUCAGCGUCCCCUCGGUAGUUACAAUUAAACAAGCCAAUCAAAUUGGUUUGCGUGUUUGAAAAAAUAUCAACCAAUCAACGCCCGAGGGUCAGAUCCUGACCCUGUCGUCUGCAUGAAAGUGAGAUUCGAGGCCAAGGUAACCAGAGGUUUUUCGCUUUCUCCUCGUCGCUUUCGCGACUCGUUGUCGCCGCUUCACGGCUUCCUCUUGAUCUCUUUCGCGAAGAAAAAUCAUGAAAAACCUCUGGGACCAGGGUAGGGAAUACGCUGUUAUUUACUAUUUUGAACGGAAAAGAAGUCUCUUCAAGCUUAUGUUUCAAAAGCAAAACCAGCAAUUUUUCAAGAUGCGAAUAAUUAAAACUUUUUCCUGUCUGAAAUAAACCAAACGUAAAAUCUCGUUUUUUCGGCCUAAUUAUAAACUUGCCUUAUGACUCUAAACUCGCGGCUAUUUACUAAAUAAACGGCUUCUUAAUGAAGGAGAGAUGUCGCGGAUUACUACUUCAUUAAUUCAACUUCUCAUAGACAAUUAAUCACUGAUUUUAUUAUUUUUCUAAUUAUUUUUCUAAUUGGUAUCUGUUUAUUUGACUUUAGAUCAGGCAAAAAAAGUGGAAAAACUAGAGAAAGAGGUGAGUUUCUAUUUCUAAACGACGCUUAGUUCUAGGAAAAAACGUGCAAAAAAGGAAGGUAUUUCUUCAUGUCAUUUAACAUUCUAAAAGAUUCUUUACCGAUUUCAUUUCUUUCUUAUCCGAUGUUCACCAAGAUAGGCGUUUUUUUUGGUUAUCUUUUUUACUGGCGUUUGUUUCAGUCCAAAAAAAUUUGACGCACGAGAACAAUAAGCAUCAACGCCUAUUCAUCCCAAUUUUGGGGCUUUACAAGAGUCUGUCUUUAAAAGUAACUUAGUUUAUUGAUCUGAUAGUCGUAUUCAACAGCUAGACAAAUCAAAAGAGUUUCAAGUGAGCAUUAUUAAUCCUCUUCUUGUUCUUCUUCUUAUUUUAUUUUCAUUUAUUUAUUUCUUUAUUUCUUUAUUAUUUUUUGAACUCUCCUAAAGGUCGCCAACUUAAAAGCAGAACUGGGAAAGGCAGGCAAACCUUCUGGCUUCGCUAUGCUUGACAGCAAUGGCCGCCUGCCCCACAACCUUCUUGUAGCAGGUUAUGAUAAAUACUCUGCCUACGACUUGGCGUGGCAGUCUCUCCACAUGGCGGCUGCUGCUGCCUGCAGAGGUAGCACAUCUUCAGGGGGAACUGGUUGCUGUCCAAACCAAGUGAUGGCCAGAAACAGAGCUGACAAGAAGACUUGUGCUCAGAUUUGUGCCCAGACUGCUUACCGCAACUGUGACGCAGAGGUUUCAAUCUACGGCAAGAAAGGCAAGGCCACAAAGAAUGGAAUGGUCGUUGGCGCGUUUUACAACUACGGUUGUAGCAGUUAUCAUGUUGCGGGGGGAAAUGAGGUGUCCAGUUCUGACGAAACUGUCAUGAACUACAGUGAACCUUAUUUCAGCUUCUGUUGCUGUCGAAAGUAGUAUCCACAACAGUUCUGUUACCAGGGCGAUUAAACUCAUCGUAGUCGGGAAGUAGAUAAUAACUAUGUAUCGCCAUUUAUUUCUGGUAA